GUGUGUGAAGUGAACUUUUUAAACCUGUUAAACCACUUAACCCAAUAUUUCGGAUGUAAAGACCCGCAAACGUUUGAACAAGAUUAGGAUAAUUUACCUUCAGCCUGGUUUUGAUCUCUGUAGCUUUCCGUUGAGUGGACAAGCAGUUAAUUUACCUGCAAAAACACUAACGAGGUGUUUCAACGAUUCGACAUUAUAUUCAAAAUAUUGGACUGAGAGACUACAAAACAAACUCUUAUUAAUCAUUAAGCAUAGUAACAAGUCGUUACACCGAAACGAGCGGCAGUGUGAGGGUUUCAGCAUUAAUUAAAAGUAAAAAUGGCGGAAGCUAUCGACCUUCUUUAACGGCUAGCUAGCUAACGUGUUAGCAAACAACUGCUUAGCAACAUUUCUUAGUUUCUUCAUUGAUACUUUGGAGACACUGAGUGACAUGGACAGGCAUCCGGCUUCACUUUCUCCCCCGACAUGCCGAAUGGAAAGCCACUCAGAGGCGCUGCAGAUCAGCAUAUCUCACCCUAACACGGCUGUGAUGAAGCAGCUCUCUCAACACUGGAAUGGAUUACAGGAAAGAACAAUUUAAAGCGUAAUUAAUUAUGAACAUUGACACGAUUUAGCAGAUGUUUCAUUAUUACUUUGAAGUACGGUUUAUGUCCAGUUUUACAUUUUAUAUUCCAAAUCCUCCCAUUACCUUUGCAGUAAGUCAAAUUAGGCUAAUCAUAGAAGUAAAAGAAACAAUCAACAAGUCAUGCAGUUGAAAUAAUAAAGGCAGCUCCUACAAAACGACACCAAAUUUUCAUCAAAUGCUUCUCAAACUGAUUUACUAUCAACAUGUAUUUCACGUUUUAGAGUAUUGUUGUACACAUACCAAACUAUACAAAAUAUGAAUCAUUAACUUAAAUCAUCUUACAAUUUCCACUCAACUAUAAUUCACAGUUCUCCUAAGCAGCACAUCAAAGGUGUGCGUCUGAACCCCCAUCGACAUUAAGCAGGCUGAAAAACACAUGACACUAAUAAAAGCUGUAUUGUAAAUCGUGAGUAACAGUCUAUAAAUAACCUUUAAGAAAUGUAUUCCGCGUUAUAUCGAUAUAAAUCUGCAUUUGAGUGAUAUGUCAUUAUGGUUGUAGCUUAUUACGCACCGAGGACGAUGUGCACCGAGGACGAUGAACACCAAAGCUUAGACAACACUUUUCUCUCUUUUUUAAAAAACCUUUUUCCUUUCCAUCGAGCUUUGGAUGCUGGGUAAAUAUGCAUAAUGAUUAUAACCCCAGUAGCUCGCUAUCUUCACUUCUUCGCUCAGAAACACACACAGCUGUCUUGAUUCAGAUCUGUCCUCCCACAAAAACACGGACACACUCUCUAUUGGUGCUCCGGAUUCAUGUGGAGUGUGGAGCUGCCUUGCCGGUUGCCAAUCAGAGAGAGAGAGGGGGGGAGACCGAGGGGGGGAGACGCAUGGGAUGCUGAUGACUGAUACUCACUGAGAGGAUGCAAUCGAUCAGGCUUGCAGACGCUCUUCCUUCCACUGUGAUAAACAUGCUGAUUUGCGCAAUUGGACUUCUAUCUGCUGCUCAUUGGCUAAUUGAAUAAGGUAAUGUGAGCACACUGCAUGGGAAAGCCGAGUGAUCAAUGCAGAACCCCUCAGCGCUGUUCGGGAUGGUGAGCCACUGUCAGACCCAAACUUUCUCCGACUUCCCCGGCCUUUCGCUCUCGGUGUACGGCAGCAAGGCGGACCUGUGUGCGUGGAGAGCCGGCAGCGGCGGUUUCGGAUCGCAGAUUUGCCGGAGUCCCAAUGAAACCCCGACGCACAUGAACUGCGCCAGCCCGAAGAGAUUCAGCGCGUCCGAAGAGAAGGCGCAUCUGGCGGCCAAAGCUCCGCGAUCUUGCCUGUCUCUCCCCCCCGUGCAAGUGAAUGGUGCCUACUGCUCGGAGAAGGAUCUGGAGACGGAGCUGGGUGACGCUGAGGGCACCCUGAUGCGAUGUGGGCAGAGCCUGCUGGUGGGGGGUCAUUUAGGGGGGCUUUAUACCCAGAGCCUCCACUGCGACAGACCUACACCAGACCUCAUUCUGCAGGACGGCCCUCACCAAGACACCAGAUCCUGCUCUGCCUUCCAGAGGACCCUGCCGGGGGCCUCACCGGGCCCCGACUGCGACACUGCCAACAGGGCCCGCUCCUCUCUCCCGUACCCAAUCAAACAGGAGAACUCAAUGGGCUACAAGAUCUCCAACGCCGGGGUCCACAGCUCGUCUCAGGCCGGGUUUCAGAACUGUAGCGGAGGCCAAGUCCUGGGAAUGACGAGGGACGAGAUAGUCGGGGCGCCUCAUGUUAGCACCGGCGCGUGCACGGUCGGUAGUGCCGUGUCAGAGAACGCCGUUCAACCGUUUAAUAAUGAAGAUGGCUCCUCCCCGCUGGCAUUGUCCCCCCGUCAGUCAGCGCGGCUGCUCAGUGCGAGCAGUCUGAGGAGACGCUGCCUGUCUCUCGCCUCGCAGUCCUCUGCCGCCGCGGCUGCCAGCGCCGUCGUCACAUCCUCCCCAUUGACUCCCGCCGCUGCCUCUGAGGAGAUCAAUAUCACCGCCAUCAUCUGCUCCUCUUCCCAGAUGUCCAUGGUGGCGUGCGUCAACGGUUUCCGCUCAAACCUCUCGCCAAGCAGCGCCGGCUUCUCCUCCUCUUCCUCCUCCUCCUCCUCUACAUCCCCACCCUCUAACUCCUGCUCCCGGGAAGCCCCCCACAGGCCCCCCCCUCACGGCAGCCCCCAGCAGGCCUCGCUACAGGAGAGCUGUCAGCUUUCAUCACCCGCCACCUGCCUGCUGUCCCUCUCCUCCUCCUCCUCCUCCUCCUCAUCAUCCUCCUCUUCAGUGUCAUCAGUGGAGCCGGAGCAGGGGCAGAGCCAGGGGCCGUGUGAGGAGCGGGGCUCUAUGCUGCAGGGCCGUGGGGCUGGAGGAGCAGCCGGGGGAGGAGUGGGAGGAGGAGGAGGAUCGGACGGGUUGGGGCUACUGAUGAGUGGGGCUCUGAUGUCCGGGAUGCUGCAUUCAGGGACCGAAGCUGCGACUCUCCUGGAUGGGGGCCAAAGAUCAGGGGCGGUCCUCAAACAGGAGCCCCUUGAUGACUUUUCCCCAAGCGAAGAUGAGCUCUUUCAGCACCACUAUCAUCACCACCAUCACUUGAGUGGUCGCAGCGGGCAACUACGUCAGCCUAACCACCCCUCUCGCCCCGCCAUGCCUCCGCCCUACCACCUGCACCAAUACCAGGGGCCCGGUCCUGGGGGCCUGCUGCACCACCAGAGCCAGCAAACGGCACCACCCUCCUCCCUGGGACUCAAACAGACCUCUGGAGGCCCUCCGGGGUCUCACGCGGCCCCGGAGCGGGAAGAAGUUGGAGGCGGAGCGAUGGUGGAUAAGCAGGUGUGUCGCUGGAUCGACUGCAGCGCCGCGUACGAGCAGCAGGAGGAGCUGGUGAGGCACAUCGAAAAGGUCCACAUCGACCAGCGCAAAGGAGAGGACUUCACCUGCUUCUGGGCCGGCUGCAUCCGCCGCUACAAGCCCUUCAACGCCCGCUACAAGCUGCUCAUUCACAUGAGGGUCCACUCCGGAGAGAAACCCAACAAGUGCAUGUUCGAGGGCUGCAACAAAGCGUUCUCACGUCUGGAGAACCUGAAGAUCCACCUGAGGAGCCACACAGGAGAGAAGCCGUACCUGUGCCAGCACCCCGGCUGCCAGAAAGCUUUCAGCAACUCCAGCGACCGAGCCAAGCAUCAGCGCACUCACCUGGACACGAAACCAUACGCAUGUCAGAUCCCCGGCUGCACCAAGCGCUACACAGAUCCCAGCUCUCUACGCAAGCAUGUCAAGAUCCACUCGGCCAAAGAGCAACAGGUGCGUAGAAAGCUGCGGCCCUGUCCUCACAUGGAGCAGGACGUCCUGAGUGACUGUCUGUCCAUGCAGCACCUCCACAGCUCGUCCUCCUCGCAGCACCUCUACAACGGCAAAGAUGGCCGUUCUCCCGGACUGGGCCAAGACAUCUUCACAGGCAUGUACGCCGGCUCCAGCACCCCCCAUCACAGCACCUCAGUGGAGCUCAUCCCCGCCACCGCCAACCCCACCUCCGUCCCGACGGCUGACCUCUCUUCCAGACAGCACCGACUGGACCGGGACCUCGGCAGCCCCCAUCACCUGUCCCCGCUGGCAGCCAUGGACGGCCCCAGAGACGGGGUGUCGGGUCCCCUCCUGUCUCCAGGAAUGAAGGCAACAGGGACGCCUCCUCCUCCUCUGGAGAAACAGCACCUCCAUCCUCACCACAAGCCCUACUCUCACUACCACCACCAUCAGCCUGCAAACGACGAAUACCAGGGCAGCUUUCAGAGCUGCUUCCAUUUCGGGGACUCCUACAGGAUGGAGCAGACGGUCGGCGGGGUCCACGUCCCAGCAGACAACUACGCCUCCCAUCAGCACAACGGCUUCCACAUGACCACCAGCAACACCGGCACUGCAGGCUUCAACCUGACGCAAGAGCUCCAGGGCGGCGCAGGGUGUCAGUUCUCCUCCAGCCCUGAGGAAAACAUUUUCUUCCAGGUGGGAAACUUCGACCGCAGCCUGAGCCACAUGUCCUCCGUCUACUCAGAGACUUAGAGCAACACUGGAGCAGGACACGCUUCACCACACACACUCUGCAGUCCUUCAUCCUCUCAGCUGGAUCCCCCUUCUCUACUUCCUCUUGUUUGUUUUUUUUAACAUAUGGGUCACUCUGAAUAUCUACAUAAUUUAUACCUUGAUCUAUCCUACGCUGCGGAUGGAUGUGUAACCAGUGAGAUGAAACAGAAAUAAACUGCAAUGUGAUUAACUUGAGAUAUUGUGAUUAAAUGAUGACAAAUUGCUCAAAAUACUUUCCCUUUUUUUAAGAUCUGUGACCGCUUUAAAAAGGGAUGUCUCAUCAGAGGUUGCAUGUGUCCAAAAAUUAAUUUCCUUGUCCUAAAUGAAUCAUUUUAACAUGACAUUCUCCAGUAAUUAAUAUGUUGGCAUCAGCUUCUUGCUCUUCCAAUUUAUGAAUGACACAAGUCAAAGAAGUAACACAAAGUCUCCUUUUAUUAGCAAAGUCAAAGAAGCUGAAAAAUCAAGAUAUAAAAAACAAUAUGUGCCCUUCAGUCGAUUUAAAGAUCAAAAAUGCUUUAUU